AUGGCGGUGCGCAUCAGAAGUUGGGAUCUACCCUUACUUGCCAUAGCUGUCACAAUUCUACCAAUCUCAACAUUUCUGUUGGUGGUCAACUAUCUGUAUAUCUGCCUCUUCCCGCGACAUUCUAUCCGUCGCCGUCUGAGAACGACUCGAGGGUUUGGCCCCAGAACCGUUCUCUUGACUGGUGUCAACACCCCACAAGGUCUACGAUUGGCAGGAGCUUUUCAUGACACCGGGCAUAAUGUCAUAGGGUUGGACUACGAAUCUGGCCUUCCCACUCCUGCCCGCUUCUCCAGGGCGGUGCACAGAUUUUACCCCUUGAGAGUGCCCUCUGUUGAGGGUAGGCGAAGCGAAUAUGUCAAUCAUGUGACCGAGAUCGUCGAGAAGGAACGAGUGGACUUGUGGCUCAAUUGCAUCACCAACGCCGACCCCGACCUCGAAUCUCAGGUCAGGACGAGGAUCGAACGAAUAACGACAUGCCGCUGCUUUGCUCUCAGCCUUGAUGACGCUCCGUGCUUUGCCCGCAAGGACAAACUCUUGUCAUAUAUGCAAAGUCUAGGCCUUCCAGUGCCAGAAGUCCACCAGGUCCGAUCCAGGGAUGAGCUUCACAAGGUUUUGAACAGGUCACAUGGUCAAAGAAAAUACUUGCUGCAUGCGACUACCAAGCAGGAAGCAAACAAUUCGAGGAUCAGGGCUCGUCUACCAAGACGCACCCUGAGCCAAACUUACAACUUGGUUUCCCGAAUCAACAUUACCCAAAGUUCUCCAUGGGUGCUGGAGCAAGAUACCGACGAGAUGGAAAAAUACUCCACGUUUGCCAUAACAGUAAGAGGGGAGAUCAAAGCAUUCGUGGCCAGUUAUUCAACAGACAAUUCAUCAUUUCAGCUCCUCGACCCAGAUUCGGCAUUGAGCCAAUCGAUGCUCCGUUUUGUCUCGUCACUCGUGAAAAGCCAAGGUUGCAACCUUACCAUUCACCUAAAUAUGGACUUCCGCGUCGAGGAAUGGGUGACAGCAACUGGCGUUGUCAAAACCAUUCUUCCAGUGGAUGUUUCCACGCAAGCCGACGUAAACACUCUGUUGUUUCGAGGUAUUGCAGGAUCCGCACAACUGACUCGCGCUUACCUGGCUUGUUUACAAUCUGCAGAUCCGAAGGAGAACCCGACAACAGACGUCGCAUCAUCUUAUCCAUAUUAUGUUUCAGAUGACGGUGUGUCUUUCCCGGUAUUCGAGACCUUUGGGGUCUACAACUUUGGUCAAAUGGUGCAUACACUGGCAGUCACACCCUUGAGACAUUUACUCACAUUUAAAGUCGGUCCCAGGAGCUUUCUCAAAAGCUUGGCAUCGUUGGUCGAUCGUCUUCUCCAUUGGACCAACGAUUCGUACAGCAUAGACGACCCAUUGCCUUUCUGGUGGUACCACCAGGUUUGCGUCCCUCUUGAGAUCCUCAUCAGAGUCAUUACGGGGCCGUCCACCUUUGAUCGACCGGAUAUCAAACCACUAGAAGCGGCAUGA